AUGGUGAUGAAGUCUCUUCUAAAUCUUUGUCUUUCGGCAGUGUGCCAACACGAAUUGAACAGUGAGCUCAGUUUCAUUCCAGUCGAGUGUCGGCAGAAGCUUCUGGAAUUCUUUUGUAGUCAUGAUCAGCUCUCAGCGUCAGACUGCUCGAAUCUGGUGUGCUCGAAAUACUUUGGCUGUAACAUCCCAUCGCUAACAUUCUAUUUGUCAGCUGAGCUCACCGACGAGAUGCUCCAUCAACUGACCACCAACAAUAAAUAUGUGGAGAAGAUCACGCUGGUCGAUUGUCCGAACGUCACUGAUCACGGCGCACAGGCGGUUACCACCGGACAGAUUCUGUUGAGACAGUUGGAGUUGAGGGCGAUGCAUCAGUUGACGGAUGAGUGUUUGGAGAGUGUGUACAGUCCGUUUUUGUAUUCGGUGGAUUUGUCUGGGUGUGGAAAGAUCACAAGUCGUGGAAUCCGAACCCUUCUCACCAAUAACCCAACCAUCGGUUGCUUAUACCUAAACACGUGCAGAUCCCUCGACGACCAGGUUCUGUACGACAUUGCUCAUUACGUCGGGGACCGUCUUCACGUUCUCGAGCUCGACUUUCCCACAUCACUCGCCGACCCGGCAGCCGCUCUCCACUACUUGUCCUCGCUUUGUCCCAACCUGUCACAGCUGUCCCUUGCACGUUUUUUUCAUGAGAGCCUGGAAGAUGUCGAAAACAAUGUGCAAUUCGUGAUUGAUGGCGGUAAUUUGAAGACACUGGAUUUGUAUGGAAACUAUUUCUCCCUGAUGCCUCAGCUACCGCCAACAGUUCAGUCGAUUCGGUUGUCAGUGUCAGGGGAUGAGGAUUCACAACAAUUAUUGACGACUCUGAUGAGUCAACCGUUUUUGAGUAGUAUCAACUUGAUUGUAUCGGUUCGAGAGGCUAAUAUUCAAGCCGUCGACAACGCCAACUCUCUGCUUUGCGCCAUCAUCCCGCUGCUCGGCCACAAAAUCACAAAACUCCAAAUCUCGGUACCCCGUCUCUUCGAUGAACCUCUUCAUCUCGUCACCGAAUUCCUUCCCAAUCUGACGCAUUUAUCUCUGGAAAUCAACCAUCUCAACACGAACAUUCUACAAAAAUAUUUUGCGGGCGGCUCAAAGUCCAACGCUUCCAAACUCAAAUGCCUUAAAAUCUGUCGUAUGCGUAUGACGUACCGAGUACUUUUCGCAAUUGCUCGGGGAGCCAGAAACCUCACAGACCUCGAAACCUCUCACAUGUCAUCAGUGGAUGAUAGGUUCCUCUGCUUAUUAGGUGGUAACUGUCGGCAACUGAGGUGUCUGAAUAUCAACGGGUGCAGAUUGGUCACUGACAAAGGGUUAGCUGUUUUGGCAAAACGCUGUCCACUGCGGGAAGUCCGGAUCCGUGGCACCGCGUGUACCGACAAGUCGAUCUACACGUUGGCUCAAUUCUGUCCGGAACUCGAAUGGAUCUCCUACGCCGACUAUUCGGGCCGCCCGAAAUUCUCCGACGCGGCACUACAAUGUCUGCGUGAUUCGUGUAUUCAGAAAGUGAUUUGUUGA